AUGGGAAGAGUCGUUAGGGGAAGCACGGAGUAAACUUGCACUCUAAAUAUCCACAGUUUAUUUUAAAAAUUAGUACGAUCUGUGUUGAGCUGUGUGAAUAAAUGCAAUUUGUUCUGUUUGGUGGAUGAAAUAAGCUUCGCAUGGGCUAACCCGUCUUGAUUUCGCGAACCGAAACUUUUGUAGUUUUUAGGGGGGGUGGGAUUGUAAGAGAAACCGAAGCUGGCUAGUUGGCGUUGUGUUUUUGUGCGAUAAAGACAACAUUACUGCGUCUUAAUGCAGUGUGGGUUUGAAAUGUAAACAAGCAGCAUAUCCGACACACGUUUACAUCACCUAGUAGCCAGCCAGCUAAGUGCAUGGCGUCCAGGCCGCCUGUCGCCGACAGCGAUGUUGCUGAUGAGGCGGUUAGAUCAACCUGCGACGAUGCGUCGAUAUGCAAAAGGUUUGCAACUAGCCAAGGUUACUGGACAGACCCUUACAUACAAUAUUUUGUGCGCCAGAUGGGUGAACGCAAGGCACCUGAAAUCAACAGAGGUUACUAUGCCCGUGUACAAGGAAUGAGCCAUCUUCUUGAUGCAUUCCUUAAGAGGACUCAGUGUGACUGCCAGGUGGUGAAUCUCGGAGCAGGACUGGACACCACCUUCUGGAGACUGAAGGCUGAGAACACUUUGCCGAAGAAGUAUUUUGAAGUCGACUUCCCCAUGAUCGUUGCAAGGAAAAUACACCAUAUCAAGACAAAGCCUCCUCUGUCAAAGCCCUUGAUUGAGACCCACUCAGCCGAUUCACUCCUGUUAGAUGGCCACAACCUGGAUUCAGACAGAUAUUGUAUCAUCGGUGCUGAUCUCAGAGAUAUCUCCAGUUUAGAAGAGAAGCUCAGAAAAUUCCAGAUAAUUACAGAGCUGCCCACGCUGUUCCUGUCCGAGUGUGUGCUGGUGUACAUGACCCCUGAGCAGUCCUCCAGGCUGGUGCACUGGGUGGCAAACACCUUCCACACUGCCAUGUUCAUCAACUAUGAGCAGGUAAACAUGGCCGAUCGCUUCGGGCAGGUCAUGAUUGAGAACUUGCAGAGCCGGCAGUGUAAUCUUGCUGGGGUGGAUGUGUGCCAGUCUUUGGAUUCUCAGAAGGAACGUUUUCUGCUGACAGGAUGGGAGAGCGUGAACGCACUGGACAUGAUGGCAGUCUAUGGUCUGCUCCCUCAGGAGGAUAUAAGCAGAAUUGAAAGGCUGGAAUUUUUAGAUGAGAAGGAACUGCUCCAUCAACUGCUCCAGCACUACAGCAUCUGUUGGGCUGUGAAGGACACGCUCAGUUUGGGCAUUUCACAAAUUGGGUUUUUACCAUGAUGGUCUCCUGGUUUGAAAGACUCCUCUUUGUGCCAAGGAUGAACCAGAGGAAGUCAUUACACUGUAUUUCCUCUGUGUGAUGUCAAUAAAGGAAGACCCUGCUGAAUUUCA